UCUCUCUCUUACGAGAGUUUCCCUUCUCGUUUUUUCUUCCUUUCUCCAAACACUGACUCUCUCUCUCUCUCUAAAACGCAGCCUCUAACUUUCUUUUUCAUCACCAUCGCCGGAAAGUUAUGAUUUGAUAGGAGAGAAGGACAUAAAAGAAAGGUACUCCUUGACUGGCCAUGGCAUCAAGAUCAUAUGCUAAUCUCUUUGACUUAGUUUCUGGAGGAGAUUUGCUGGAUAUUCCUGGCACCCCAAGAGCUCUUCCAAGGAUUAUGACUGUUCCUGGAAUUAUCUCUGACCUUGAUAGUUGUGGUGCUAAUGACGGGGAUUCAGAUGUAAGCUCCUCUGGUUGCCGGGAGCGGAAGAUCAUUGUCGCAAACAUGCUGCCAUUGCAUGCUAAAAGAGAUGCAGAAAAUUCUAAGUGGUGCUUCAGUUGGGAUGAGGAUUCAAUUUUACUACAAUUGAAAGAUGGUUUUUCUUCUGAUACGGAGGUAAUUUAUGUGGGUUCACUUAAGGUUGAUAUAGAUGCCAGUGAGCAGGAAGAAGUUGCCCAGAGAUUACUGGAUGACUUCAAUUGUGUACCUACCUUUCUAUCCCAUGAUCUCCAGAAAAAGUUCUAUCUUGGGUUUUGCAAGCAGCAGCUUUGGCCUCUCUUUCAUUAUAUGCUACCAGUGUGCCCCGAUCAUGGUGAUCGCUUUGACCGCAUACUAUGGCAGGCUUAUGUUUGUGCAAACAAAAUAUUUGCCGACAAGGUUAUGGAAAUAAUCAAUCCUGAUGAUGAUUUUGUCUGGGUUCAUGAUUAUCACCUGAUGGUUUUGCCUACUUUCUUGAGGAAGAGAUAUAAUCGAGUUAAACUUGGAUUCUUCUUGCACAGUCCUUUUCCUUCAUCUGAAAUUUAUCGAACUUUACCUGUAAGGGAUGAAAUUUUGAGGGGACUUCUGAAUGCUGAUUUAAUUGGUUUUCAUACAUUUGAUUAUGCACGCCACUUCCUUUCUUGCUGCAGCAGAAUGCUAGGUCUGGACUAUGAAUCUAAGCGAGGACAUAUAGGACUUGAUUACUUUGGCCGUACUAUAUUUAUCAAAAUUUUGCCGGUUGGCAUUCACAUGGGUAGGCUUGAAUCUGUAUUAAAUCUUCCUUCUACAUCUGCUAAACUAAAAGAGAUUCAGGAAGAGUUUGAGGGUAAGAAGGUGAUUGUUGGUGUUGAUGAUAUGGAUAUUUUUAAAGGCAUCAGUUUGAAACUUCUAGCUGUGGAGCAUCUGCUGCAGGAGAAUCCUGAUAUGCAGGGCAAAGUUGUCCUUGUUCAAAUUGUAAAUCCUGCAAGGGGUUUAGGGAAGGAUGUUCAGGAAGCAAAGAAGGAAACAUAUUUAAUUGCCCAGAGGAUUAAUGAUACCUAUGGUUCAGAGGAAUAUCAGCCUGUCAAACUCAUUGACCGCCAUGUUCCUCGAUUUGAGAAGAGUGCUUAUUAUGCUGUAGCUGAAUGUUGCAUUGUAAAUGCAGUAAGGGAUGGCAUGAACCUAGUCCCAUACAAAUAUCUUGUCUGCAGGCAACAAACUGCUAAACUAGAUGAAGCAUUGGGUAGGAAAGUUGAUUCUCCCCGAACAAGCAUGCUUGUUGUGUCUGAGUUCAUUGGUUGUUCACCUUCUCUUAGUGGGGCUAUCAGGGUCAAUCCCUGGGACAUUGAUGCUGUUGCUGAUGCUCUGAGCUUGGCCCUUACAAUGAACGAUUCUGAGAAGCAAUUGCGCCAUGAGAAACACUAUCGGUAUGUCAGUUCUCAUGAUGUAGCAUAUUGGGCACGCAGCUUUAUGCAGGAUUUGGAGAGAGCCUGCAAAGAUCAUUACACCAAAAGGUGCUGGGGAAUUGGCUUGGGUCUAGGGUUUAGAGUUGUUUCUCUUUCUCCUGGAUUUAGGAAGUUGUCUAUUGAUCAUGUUGUUUCAGCUUACAAGCGAACCAAUAGAAGGGCCAUCUUUCUUGAUUAUGAUGGUACUGUUGUACCGCACUCUUCUAUAAAUAAAGUCCCCAGCCCGGAAGUCAUAUCUGUGCUAAACGCUCUGUCUAGUGAUCCCAAGAACAUUGUUUUCAUUGUUAGUGGGAGGGGAAGAGAUUCUCUGAGUGAUUGGUUCAGUUCAUGCCAAUUGCUGGGACUUGCUGCUGAGCAUGGUUACUUUUUAAGGUGGAAUAGAGAUUCUGAAUGGGAAUGCAGUCACUUGUCUGCAGACCUUGACUGGAAAAACAUAGCAGAACCUGUCAUGCAGUUGUAUACAGAGGCAACUGAUGGUUCCAGCAUUGAAAUUAAGGAAAGCGCUUUGGUGUGGCAUCAUCAAGAUGCAGACCCGGAUUUUGGUUCCUGCCAAGCCAAGGAAUUGUUGGAUCACUUGGAAAGUGUACUUGCAAAUGAACCAGCAGUUGUUACGAGAGGCCAGCAUAUUGUUGAAGUUAAGCCACAGGGAAUAAGCAAAGGUUUGGUAGCCGAAAAGGUUAUAUCAACCAUGUUUAAUGGUGGUAAUCCACCGGAUUUUGUUAUGUGCAUUGGCGAUGAUAGGUCUGAUGAAGACAUGUUUGAGAGCAUUUUAAGGUCAGUAUCCUGCCCGUCAUUACCGGCGGCUCCAGAGAUUUUUGCCUGCACUGUAGGUAGGAAGCCGAGCAAGGCGAAGUAUUUUCUUGACGACACUUUGGAUGUAGUGAAGUUACUUCAGGGUCUUGCUUCUUCAUCCAAUCCAAAACCCAGGCAUCUUGCGCAAUUCCAAGUAUCUUUCGAGAGCACAAUUUGAGAGUUUGAAGGUAGGGCAAGGCAACCUUUGUUGAUUUAUUGUGCUGCUCUACCUGGGAGGAUUCUUCAGCUUUGAAGCAGAGAAAAAGUUUUGGUUAUUUAAUCUUAACAUGACCGAAUCGCAACCAUGCUGUUGUCGGGCUUCUAAUAUUCCUUGCUUGCAUGGUUCCUGGUGGUAGGUUUUUUCUGAAUAGUGAGCCUCAUGGAUGGCCUGACAAAUUCUUCUUUUCUGUAAAUGGUAAUUGGUAACAACAUCAAUUGUUACAUUUGUUGGUGCAAUGACGCCGAGAUCUUAAGUUGUGCUUUUUGUUAGAAUGGUGUAUCGGUGUUGUGCACCAAAACUUGUAUAGUUUACAAUAUUUUUCUUACAAAUAUAUAAUGGCAAUCGGGUUUGAUA